UGGCUCCUUUUUCAACCCUUCAUUAGUACGGCGAGUAGUAGCUUCUCCUGACAACUGUUCCGGGCUCGCAUCGUAUAUGUUCACUUUGUGCACCACCGUGAGAUGUGGUUGCGAGCCCAGCCACUUACAUUCCACAGACUUUCACCCCCUCGUGCUUCUUGUUCCUGUGCACCCUGCCCGGCCAACCCCAAACCAAUGGAGGGGACCACGGCAUUGCUCAGAUGGUAUUCCACCCCCUCCCACCAAAGCCGUAAACCUAGUCCUUAGCUUCGCUUUGGUGGCCGGGUACAGACUCGUCCUACCCCUCCCCCCUUUCUCAACUGCCUAUCAUUUCCCAAUUUCUGUCCCGAAUUUACCCUGUCCUUCCGACUCAUUGUGCACUUCAGGACCAACAACUCUUGGAGAUGUUGACAUACAGAUGAAGAGCGAAAACAGCCCAAUCGAAACAAGAUUAGGCUUAAUCAUCGGUAAUCAGCUGGGGAAGGCAUCUGAGAAGUGCGAAGCGGCGGUGCCCUCCCCGCAGCCCCCGUGCGCACCUCGUGAGAGGCACCGCCAUCACCUUCGCCUUGCCUGCCCUCCGUCCCGGCAUAUUAUCUCCAAAAGCCCGGUGUCGCAUGACUAUGGCUAGUACAAUGCCUUCGUCGUUAUUCUUGCCGCUAACGAAUGUCUGGAGGGCAUUGGUCCUCCGGAGUGAUGUUAAUGACAUCGUCUUGGAGCUGCUUGGACGCUUCUCUCUGGAAAGGAUGUACGCAGACGCUUCCGACCGGGAUACGUACCAGCAACUGGUGAUCACUUUGCUCUCACAGCUCAAAUCUAUAUUCGAUAUCCAACGGCUGACCCUCUCCGUCGACAAUGUCCACACCGCUUGGUAUCUGGGUUUUCUCGUCAGCUGGGAGGUGGCUCUGCGGUCCGUUGAGUUUGUUCUUCAAACCAUCAAUGAGAGUCGCGAGACCAUCUGGGAGAACCGUUUGCUGCGAGAGAGAUAUCUGGCCGGUUUUCUUUUGUCCAGCCUUCGCGUCCUGACUCUUCACCCCAAAUCCCCAGCGAUCCAGCGAUCUCGAGACCGCCGUGAGCGUUUUUCUCGCAUUCACGGUCUCUUGGAGCAGGUUUUCGAUAGCUUUCCUGGCCCGAACUCGUUUCCACUCGCAGCUUGCAAAGAGAUCACUACCCAACUCCACCUUGACCCUGACAGCUUGGGUCUUCCCCCUGCAUUGGCAUCCGGACUACCAAAUUUGGCAUCGCAGCUGUCUCCGUUCCCCCCUGGUCUUCAGCCCGCUGCUAUCGCCGACAUUGUGCCAGCAGGCUACUCUGGAGACUGGCUUGUAAAAUAUCUAGCAUUACGAGACGUGUCGCAAUUCGUAGUUGCCGCCUCAAUCCAGUAUGCUGCCAGCAAGGAGACUCGAGAACUGCGUCUCGAGCAUUCCAGAAAUGCGGUUCUGAGUGCGCUCGAUGCCUUACUCUUACCCGACACCCUGGACCUAUCUCAUCAAGACACCGCAGGGAUCUGUGUCGAGGAAUGCGAACUGGAUGCAUUGGAUGCUCUAUUCGCGAGGCUUGUAGCCCGUCAGGCUAUUCACCACGUCAGUGACCGGGAGAUGGUCCAUAACAUGUCUCAGGUUAUCAGAAACAUUGCUCUUCAGGACACAAUCCCAUUCAUGCCGAAUCAGCGGCCUGGUCUGUACUCUGUGAAUUGCCCGGAAUGUCACAUCAUAGGUGCAUCUCAGUUGAACCCAACGGACAUCAAUACUCCCACCGAACAUGGUCAUGUUGCUAGACAGCUUCCACCCAAAACAAGAUGCAUACACUGCGGAGAAGCCAUCACCAUUGCACGGGAGAUAUCAACAGUACGGCAAACCUGGGAACUACUGGAACCACUCCGUCUUGAUGCUGACACCGUCAGCCUGGAACGUCAUUUACCCACACAAUUUCUACUACGGCCGCCCAAGCCACAGACGAGCGGCUUCACGUCACUAGAAUACGGCAAUACACUCGGUAUAGGAGCUGGGAAAUUGGGCGGACACGAAGCCUAUGGCUCUUCGCACCAACCAAAGAUGGUCCUUUCCAGCCCUGUAUCCAUAGAUCCCAUUGGCUCUCUGUAUACUGGGCUUCUGUCGCCUCAAAGUCUCAAUCACUCCCAAAGCCCAUUACCGCUACACAACAGAAGCAAACUUUCGGACCAUCAUGACAAGCUUGAUCCAGCCUUGCUAACAGAUCGGCCCACCUUCUCCCACGACUCGCCUAUAUUUAAACAGCUGCAGCAUAACACAGAUGAGGCUUCAUCCAUAAACACCCCGAGAUCUGUCCCCGUGGUAACGUCGGCGGAGAAAGGAAAGUCGAAAUGGAGGCUGAAGUUUACAACUAGCAAAAAACCACCUGCUGGCGUAAUAGCAGACUCGAGUUCCUUGUCUUCGACUACGCUUGAAGCCCAAAAAGCUCGAGGAAAUCACUCUGACUCCCCUUAUCAUCCAGAAACAUCAAGGGAGAGGGAAAUCGUUGAAGAAUAUCAAUGUUACUCUUUCGCAAAGCUCUACCCUUGCUCUAUUUUGGACUUAGCUGCUCAUACAUGUCCAGAGAGCACUUGUAUCCUGGCAGCCAUCGCCAGGACUCAUUUAGCAUAUGUUAUUGGAACAAGGGAUCAGAAACUUACGCUGCGUAUUGUGAAUCUUGUGCAACCUACCGUCUCAGUUAUAGAGUACCGCAUCCCAUCCACAUUAUGGGCAAAAGCAUUAGCGAUUGACCGAGAGGAAAACUAUGAUGUUUUUGCCUUGAAGAAACGCACAGUGGCAUUCUUUCAGGAUGGGUUCACACUUCUAGCGAGCACAAGAAGUUCGAAAACGGGCCUAAUGCAGAUAUUUUCUUGGCGAUUCCCAUUUCACGAGUUCCAAGAGCUGGCAGCCUGCCGGUAUUUAAUCCCACUUCACGAAUCAGAGGACAACGGUUUGUCCGCGGCCAUAUUUCGACCUGGAUCGGAUGGCGAGGAGACGUUGGUUUGUAUUACGACUUGGACCCAAUUCGGCACUCCUAUUUUAAUACAGCCGCAGGACGGACACAGGAGUGAGAUUAAAGUUGACGGGUCUGGUAAAUUCACCAAACUAGGAACUAGAAUUCAGUGUGCUGCCUUCUCCCCCUCAGGCCGGGAGCUAGUCAUCAUUAACGACAGAGGUUACGUUUUUCAAGUGUCCAACUUGAAUUCCAGCCCCAUCGAUACCAGAAGAGUAGCUAACUCGAAGGAGCUUACUGCAAAAAGUGAAUUGUUCGCCAUGUCAUUUGUGACCAUAGCGGACGAGGAAAAUGUUCUGGUGGCAUGGGUUGAUUCGGCGAGAGCCACAGGCUGGAUUAAAAAGAUACCCAUGACAGGGAGGGUAAGUAACAAUACCCCCUUAUGGCGUGGAGAGAAAUGA